AUGAAUACGAAGCAAGAGAAAAAGAGUAUUACUAAUUAUAUUAAAGAAAAAGAGAUUAAGGAAGAAAAGGAGCUUAAAGAAGGCGAGAUUAAAGAAGAGAGCGAGGUUAAAGAAAAAGAUGAUAUUAAAAAGGAAGGUGAUAUUAAAAAAGAGGGUGAUAUUAAAGAAGAGGCCGAGAUUGAAGAAGAGGCCGAGAUUAAGGAGGAGGCCGAGAUUAAGAAAGAGGCCGAGAUUAAAAAAGAGGCCGAGAUUAAGGAAGAAGAAAAAGAAUUAAUGCUUAAAGCAAAGAUAAUACAUAAGAUGAUGCUUAAAGCAAAGAUAAAAUACAAGAUGAUGCGGAAAGCAAACGAAAAGGCGAAUCUGCGAUUUACUAUUUGCUUAGAUUGCUAUUAUCAACGACGCUACGAGCUAGUUAAAGAGUACUUUAUUCGAGAUAUAGCUCGAAAAGAUAAGCGUAUAAAAAGGGCUAUUCAAAGCUUAAAAGCUUACGCACAAAUCGAGCUUAAAGCUUAUCAGUUGAUAGCUAUAAAAGAGUAUAAGCUCAACGAAUUCUAUUGGCAAUUGAUCAAGGAUAAACAAUAUAUACUGCUAUACCGACGAAUGCGGCAAGUCGUUUUCGCCGUCUUCGCCGUCUUCGCCGUCUUCGCCGUUCUCGCCGUCCUCGCUGCUGCCUUGCUUCUUUUUCUCUCUCUCUUUGUUAUAGAUUUAGCAAUAAAAGAAAUUAAAAGAAAAGUAAAAAAAGAUAAAGUCAUAAAAGAUUUUAAGCUCGCAAUAUUCGAAGACGACGACGAUAUAAAUAAGCUAAUGAUCUUUCGCUUUCUUUCUUUUUCUUUUUUCGUCUUUUUCGUACUAUCGACUUUAAUCAGCGCCUUUCUUUUCGCUUUUAUAUUCGCUCUAGCUUUUAUAUUCUUCGCCGCCGCCGUGCCUUCCUUUGCUACGCCACUUGCUACCUUUCGCUUUAUAAGCUUUGGACCGAUCUUACCUUUAUAA